AUGGCGACUCCCUUCCAGACUGAGGCCUGGACUGAGUAUGGUCUUGGUGUGAUUGUCAUUUUACUUCGAAUAUUCGCUCGCUGGAGAAUUAUCGGCUUCAAUUGGCAAGGGGAUGACUAUUUUGCAGUUCUGUGCUUGAUUUUCUGGACUGUAAGUCUAAUGCGUGCCCUUUCAACAGGCCAAAAUGGAACCAACAUUGGGAUUACCGACGAAAUCGGCGCGACCCUGACACCCCAAGAAAUCGCCAAGUUCGAAUUUGGCUCUAAGUGCCUGCUGGCGGGAUGGAACUUCUACGUUACUCUUAUUUGGUGCUUGAAGGCUUGCAUUCUCUUCUUUUUCAGCCGCAUCACUCUUGCGACAAGACAACAAAAGAUCGUGAAAUGGACUGCUAUCGCGACCAUUCUGGCAUAUUGCGGAGUAAUUAUUGUUAUCUGGGGGCAUUGUACACCCGUUCAAAGAAACUGGCAGGUUGUGCCAUAUCCAGGAGACGAGUGCACUUUGGCCGUUCCAAACUACUUGAGUUUGGUUGUUCUCAAUGUAACGUAA